AUGUGCAAGGGACUCGCCGCACUGCCAGCCACUUGCUUAAAAAGUGCCAAAGACAUGAAGCAUCGUCUGGGCUUCUUGCUGCAGAAGUCAGACUCCUGCGACUACAGCUCUUCCCAGGGCAAGAAGGAGAAAAUAUCCUCGAGCCAGAGGGUUAGCCAAGAGGAAGUCAGAAAGUGGGCAGAGUCUUUGGAAAACUUGAUCCACCAUGACAGAGGACUGGCUGCUUUCCGUGCUUUUCUCAAAUCUGAGUAUAGUGAGGAAAACAUCGAGUUCUGGGUCAGUUGUGAGGACUACAAGAAAACCAAGUCACCAGCCAAGCUCAGCCCCAAGGCCAGAAAGAUCUAUGAUGAGUUCAUCUCAGUGCAGGCAACAAAAGAGGUGAACCUGGAUUCAUGCACACGGGAGAAGACGAGCCACAAUAUGCUGGAGCCUACACUGUCCUGCUUUGAUGAGGCUCAGAGAAAAAUAUUUACCCUCAUGGAAAAGGAUUCUUACCGCCGUUUCCUCAAGUCCCCCUACUACCUGGACUUGGUCAGCCCUCCUGGUGCCGGCUGCAGGCCUGAAAACUGCAAAAGCAGCCACACUCACACCUUAGACUGCAACUCUAAUAUCAUCUCUCAAUGUGCCUGAACCUGCAGCGAGGCAGGGGCGAGGCCGGGCUCUCGCAAGAAUAUACGGCAGCAAAAGCAUUCAUUGGCAUGAAGCAACAGAGCUGUCUCCAAUAG